CAGUGUAGAGCAACUUCUGUUGGUUUUUCAAAAUGUCCUGAGAAGUUAAGGCCAGGCCUGCACUGCCCUGGCCAAGCAGUCAUUUGACUGGAGGGAGCAGCACCAAAAAGGCACAGGCACCUGUUGCGGUGAACUUGAUGCGGUUACAAAUAACAACAAAUAGUACUUGUAGCUACUAACAGCCUCUUCUGCGACCUCGUAGGCCGCCCUCAGGGUCGCAGCACUACACGGGGCAGAUCCCUCCGCGCCCCGCGGGCACCAGAUCGACAAAGACGGACCCGCCAAGGGGGCGGAGGAAAGCGAAAACGACAGGCUAGACUGCAAAUCGAGACACGGGCUACGAUCCGUCGGCCCAAUGGGCGCCAGGAAGGGCCCGGCAUAGCGGAGGAAGUGUCGGAGCGGGCGUUGUCCUUGGCUGACGAGAGUAUCGGGGUGCUGGCCUCUCGCCCUGGUGGUGCCACUACUGUCUUCGGAAAGAUUAUCGGCGAGGCGUUUCUGUGGUAUCGUCAGCGACAAAGACUAGGAGGAACACCAGGACCCUGCAAACUGAGAACUGCAGCAGUCAUCCCAGUGCUGGAGACUGACACUACCCACAGGAGAGAUUUUCCUGAGUUUGUCACCCUCCUACACCGACUUGGAUCACCGAGGAACACCUGGACCCUGCAAACUGAGAACUGCAGCAGUCAUCCCAGUGCUGGAGAUUGACACUACCCACAGGAGAGAUUUUCCUGAGUUUGUCACCCUCCUACACCGAGAAUGGCCCUUGUUGGGUUGCUGCUGGUUGUGUUAAGCUGUACUUGGAGCACACCGGAAGGAACAGGAUGGAUGGUCCCAUAACCGAAGUAGAAUGCAUUGGAGACACCGGCCAGCAGGUGGAUUGAAGCAUGGACUCAUAAAAAAAAGAACGUCAUUGGACAUGAAAACCAGGAAAACCAUGAUAACACUGUUGAUCCUUCUCUGCAUCCUACCUCAACUCCUCAGCCAAAUCCCGACUGACUGGCCAUGGUCUGAAGCAACCAUCAGGUACACCAGUACUCUAGGACCCUAUCCCAGAGAUCGUCGCCCAAACCUAGCAACCGUGGUGCUGCAUGACUCUGAGGUAUAUUGUGCAAGUGACUGGGUCUGGGACAGAGACGACUGGGCUAGAGCAUUAACUGGAACAAUUGGUGAGGAAAUUAAGGUAGGAUGCAGGAAAGUGGAAAAGUCCCUUCACGAGAAAUCUUCCACCAUUGCAAUUGCCGGUAAUCUGCUAGAACCAGACGUGGCAAGCAACUUGCAUCCUAACAUCACAGCAAAACUCUGUCCCACCACAGCAUGGUCCUGUAAUAAACAAACCCCUCUCAUAUUGUGUUGUCACCAGCACAAUGUUGGUAAUUACACUCUAGACCCCAGUACCAACAAUAUUGAAAUCACCAAGCUUUGUAGAGAUGAACCCGCUGACUGUUGGUAUAAUUUCACUUUGACUAAAUCUACCUAUGUAACCUGUAACUGGCAGAAUGAUCCAGCUGAUAAGUCUGGUCUGAAGGGUCUAAUUUUCAGAUUCAAAAUUAAUGCUAUGACUAAACCCACACUUACUCCAAUAAUUACAUACCAUGGCAUAAGCACCUCCCUAGUGCGGAACGAACACAAUGUUUUCCCUUCCUUUGUGGCAAUGUGAGGUGAUGAUGCCGUGAUAAGGUGUAAAUUAACUGAAGGAUCCCUCAGCGAAUCUGUGUACAGCUAUGGCAUAGGACCUCACGACCAUACUCUACAUUGUGAAAUUUGAAACCAGGAAUGUUGGUUAAACCUAACUGCUGUACAAUCCUCCCAUAAAAUCAUGUGUGGUAAAAACAAUACCAAAUACUGGGCAGAACUUGAUGUCAAUGUUGUAACACCUACUACCCAACUGCCAGUUAUGCUAACUCCAAAAUUUUCUGAAAUUGGACCAUACGUAAUUAGGAAAACUGGGCGACAACAAAUUUUGCUCAAUCCAGCCUGGUCCCUUAAACAAGUCAAAUUGUUAAUGCAAAACAAUGUCUCAGAAGUCCAACCCACUUGUUCCUCUUUCUUACAAACCUCUUUUGAAGGAUGGAUCACCUGGUUGCAAAAGCGGGACCCCUCUAAAAAACGAAUUACUAGAGACAUAACCGGUGUUGUGGGAACAGGACUGGGAAUUUUGAAUAGCAUUGAUUUGGAAGCACUAAUGAAUAAAUUGGCUACCACAACCGAGGAUUUAACCAAAUUGCGGCAACCACUGCAGUCCUCCCUAACGGCUUUGGGAACCCAACAGUGGUUGUUGUCAAACAUAUUACCAAAUUGGGAAAAGGUAGAUGUGAAUGAUCACAAAUUGAUAGUUGAUGGACUCGGUGCUACACAAAGUAACUUUUCUCUUGCCCUCAGCUGUAUCCAGGCUCAAUUAUGGAUACAGUCAGUUGCUGCCUCCAUCAUAAGGGAAGGUGAGAAAGGCAUUCUUCCUACUGAAAUUUGUAAAAUUAUUUGGGAUAGCGCCAUUGAUUUUGAAAAGGAAUUCCAAUCCUGGUGGAAUCUGGUAAAUUUUACCUACGACCCCAGUACAAACACAGCCACAGCCUUUGUGCUAACAAUACGCAAUGCUUCAGUGCAUUCAAUAUUCCCUAUCAUUUCAUUGGGACUGAAUCAUGACGGAGCUGUUCUCUAUCCUUCCGAGCAUAGGGAAUGGGCCCGUCAAAUUAGUGGGAAGUGGCAAACUGUCAGUCUGGAAACUUGCAUUACUCGAGAACAACGGGGGUUUAUCUGUGAAAGUAAUGCGAUCAGAGCUCAAGAUAUUUGUUUAGAUACUGAACAGAACGUCUGCAAUUUUGAAAUUCACCCAAACGAGACUCCUGAGACAGUACUGGUAUAUAUAGGCAAUGACUGUGCAUGCUUGAGAACUGCUUGCGAUAAACAGCUGGAAAAAGAUCUAGCCUUCUGGGAAGCUCCAUCAGGAGAAGGACAGCUGUUACAGUAUGUGGAUGACCUCCUGAUAGCUACCAAAACUCAAGAGGCAUGUGUGGAGUGGACGCGCCUGCGCUCCCACAUACCCCCUCCCCCGCCACCCCCGUACCCGCUCUGCCGUUCCCUCCCACCUCGGCAGCGCCAGCACCUCCCCCGCCGGUCUCAGCCGCGCCGACACAAGCCCCGCGGCUCCCAACCUCUCCACCUCCCCCGUCCCCGCGAUAACAACCAUUGCCACCUUUCCCAGAACAAUGCCGUCCGUGACUGUCCCGGAAAGCCUCGCUCCCCCCGUCCCCACCUCGCCCGCACCCGAGAACGCACUGCCCGCCCCUCUCGCAUCGCCCCCGCACCCACAAUUCGCGCCGUUGCCGGUCGCCACCGCCGGCCCUGCUCCUCCCGGCCCCCUCCCUGCUUCCCCUGUCCCGCUGCCGCCCGGCCCGACCCCCGCAACCGCCAUGUACUCGCCCGCCAUGGUCGCCACGAGCCCGGUCGCCGGCACCGCCACCCCGCCGCUAUACGCCGGCACAGCCGCUUCCCCCCGCUCCGCUCACAAUACCAGGGUUCUCGCGUGGCUCCGCGCCCUUCCCAGCUCCGCACGCCCCCCCCGCGGAUUUCGCUGCAGCUCCUGUCCCGAGCUCGUUCCCCCCCGCAGCCCCUGCCGCGCUGGGUUUCACCGCCCCGUCACCCCCGCCCAUCUCCCCGUUCGCCGCCGCCCCGAUUGCGCCGGGUUUCCCCGUCCCACCGCCUCCCGCCAGCGCCGGUGCACCCCCGCCGCUCCGCUCGGUCCCGCUGCUUCGCCGCCCCCGCCCGCCGCGAACGCGCUGCUCCAGCACGGUCCCACGGCGCUGGAUUCACCGCCCGCCGCUGCCCCCACGCCAUAUCCCAUCCUCCACGGCCACACCGCCGCCAUAGCCGAGACAAGCGCAUGCGCAGCUCCAGCCGCACAACUCUGACGUCAUAG